GCGCGUGCUGCACCCUUACACGAAAGUUUGCUGCACGAGAGACGUCAGUUUGCUUCUGCAAGCUUCAGAGGUGCGGUUGUUCGUUUCGCAUUUACCCGGUGUUUUCGUUCUCCAUUUAAUUUUCGCGUACACCGUUUCGGCGUUCCCGGAUCGAACACGCUCGCGAAUGAACCAAAAGGAAACGAGAUUCGUUGCGCGACGCGAGUGGUAAUUUUAGUGGAUCCAUUUGUGCCGCGACGAUCAUCUACUGAAUUUCAACGGGACGAGAAAGUGUCGAAGGAAGCGACCACGAUCAUCCCGCUCGUCGUGGCACCGUGGAACGCGACGAUGUAGCGGCGAUCGACCGGCAUCAGCCGCGUGACCGUCAAGAAUCGAAUACCACCGCAGUGACAGUAGACAUACUUGGUCUAUAAUUAAACUAUAUGAUGCUGACAGUGUACUCGAACGUGAACUCGCGCACGGUGCAUUCGAGUACCUAAACUUCGCCCGUGUGACUCGUCGUUCGAUGCUCAACGAGAAAAGCGUGCUUAACGUUACGAAUAGAAACAAGAAGAAUCGAUAAAGAGAAAGAAACAAGAAUGGGAAGACACGCGGAAGGAGUGAAGAUCGCGUGGUCAAUGGCUCGACUUCCGUCGUGGCCGUGGAGAACGAGAUUUUCAGGCCAGCUGGCCUGAGAUAUGCCUGCAGCAGCGGGCUCGGUGAUCACGGAAGCAUCCUCAACGGAAGUAUCGAGGAGGUACAGAGGAGCGACGGCGGGAUCCGGCGGCGUCGGUGGCCGGCAGCUGGCGAUAGAAAUCGAGACGACCGAGCGCCGGAUCUGCGCGACCCGACGCGAACUAUUCGUCCCCGUGACCGUCGAUCCAAGGCCGAGCCGGGCCGUGCACUGUCCAGACCUGAACGCCUGUCUGGUGAACGAGACCAGGUCCGGCCGCGACCAAGUCGAUUGCCAGGCGAUCCACUUUGGUUACGCGAUCCCGGUGAACGUGAUACCGCUCGAGACCGACUCGCGGCUCGCCGAGCUCGUGUUGGACCAUUCGGCGGAGCUGAGCAGACGCACGGCCAGCUUCCUGAUCGAGCACCACCCUCAGCUGCGUCGUACGCCGCGGGACGACAUGGCUGCGACCGCGAAACCUGACCUGCGUCGCAAGUUCCCGACGGACACCGCCGCGACGUCCGGCGACGAGGACAUCGCGGCGAUCGCGAAGCAGAUCAGCGACCACGCGGAGGCGAUUUAUCAGACUUGGAAGAGCCGCGGACUGGCACCGACGGAGAUACUCAACUGCCAUAGCAAUGCCACCGCGGCGGACAAGUUCGGCAGCGCCCUGACGCCGACUUCAGCGUCGAACAGCGGUAAAAACAGUCCUACGAGCGGCGCCACGGCGGUGGACAUUUUGAGCCAAGCGCCGAAUCUCGACAACGAGAAUCUGGAGAAGUUGGUGAACAACUUCGUGGUCGAGGACAAGGCUAGGAUAGCUGCGUCGAGGCAGAGAUCGCCGUCCAAGACCUUGCCCUCGUCGAUACAGUUCGCGUUGGAGAAAUUCGAGAAGAAUUCUGUGCAACAGCAUCAGCAACAGCAGCAGCAAACGUCUCCUUUGAAGAGUAGCUCGGUCGUAGGCCAGGCGAAGGCGAAGCAACAGGGGAACAUUUUGCUAUCGCCGACCUCGCCUUUCGCGAACAAACCCUCGCAGAUAGUCAAGCCUCAGGUGUCUACGAAGACACCCGGUGCGCAUCACCGGGAGGUGUUCCUGGAAACCAUCGAGACCACUUUCCCAGCGGAUAUAACCCCGUCGAAAAUAGUCGUGCAACAGAAGAGGCCGACCAGCACGUUGAUCACCUCUCCCACUGCAUCGAACCUGAACGACUCUUCGACGAACUCGGGGCUGACCACGUGGCCGUUAAAGAACAAACUGAACGACAGUAAAAGGGUGGCCGAUUCCUCGCGAUCGCAGGAAAUGAAGUCGACAACGAACAAGGAGGAGAAAAGGAACAGCGACUCGAAUUCGAGCGUGUACCUUGACGAAGUCGCUCGCGUGGAGGAAAGACUGCUGCACGCGUUGAAAACGGGCUCUGUCAUCACGGAGGGAAAGCAGGAAAGAGUGUCGGUGGACAAGAGCCUUCAGAGAAAAGAAAAACCCGCGAUAAAGAAGGAGAAGCCGAAAGUGGAGCCUGUUAAACCGAUAAUAAUCGGUCACAAUCAUCACGGCACCGGCCUAGUGCCAGCUUCCGCUGCCAUGGUGAACAAUGUCGCGUCUGCGACGCCUGCGAGUAACGUGACUGUGUCCGCGGAUGCGAAAGCUCUGACCAAGAACGAAUUGUCGAACAUGUCGGUAGUGGAUUACGCGAAGGUCAGGUAUAGAGCGGCUCAGCAAAAUCCUCCGACCCAGCAGAGGCUGGAGGAGCAGAGGACCAGCAACAGUUUCAAUUCUACGGAGCAGCUGGUAUCCACCACGAGGUCUAAGUUUGAAACGGAGAUACAGAAGGACAGGGAAGCGAACAAAGAGGAGAAGGAUCCCGUGACGUCCAGAUGGGGACCGAGGAUCAAUUCGCCGAGGCCUCGUAUUGAACAAGUGCCACAUCCGGAGUUGACCACGCAACAGAAACAGCAUAUAAGAGCCGCGGCCGCGACUGGAACCGGAAACAACCCUAUCAGACCGUUUCUGACAAGGGGAUCGGUAGCGGAACGCGUUUUGAUCUUUGAGAAGUGCCCGAGCGAGUUGUUGCUCGACAAACGAGGACCUCGGCAACCGGCUAUCAACACUUGGAGGACCGGCCACGAGGUUCAAAAUAAGGCGCAGACGUACGCGAAAGACAAGACACAGCAAAAGAGCUUGCCGCCGCACACGACACUCCAGAGGCACGUGAAAGCGAACAGAAACGUUCACAUACCACGAUUUUACUUCCCCGGAGGGAAACCCUUGCCCUUGUCACAGAUCGAUGCAACAAUCGCGAGGAUCACCGCCGCUUUUCAGAGCCUGCCUGGUCAUCGCGCGUCCCGAACUCAGUUCCAUACAAUUACAAAGGCAUGCGACUUGCCGCUCUACUGGAAGGUCCCGGUUUUCCUCGCGGCCGGUGGAGACCAGACCGGCUACGUCGAGAUGAACGCGUUCCUCGAUUUUUGGACAGAAAUAUCGAACACCCACCACGACGCCGCGAGCAAGUUUAUUAGAAUCACAACGCGCGGCCAGAGGAACUGUAUACUGCCGGAGGAUCUGAUCCCGUUGGUGCAAGACGUGGUGGAGACUCAUCCCGGUUUAACUUUCCUCAAAGAGGCUACUGAGUUCCAUUCACGCUACGUACACACGGUAAUCGCCAGGAUAUUCUACUGCGUGAAUCGAAGCUGGAGCGGUCGGAUUUCCGUGGCGGAACUGAGAAGGAGCAAUUUGUUAUCGGUGAUCGCGAUCCUCGAGCACGAGGAGGAUAUUAAUCAGGUGACCGCAUACUUCAGUUACGAGCAUUUCUACGUUAUUUAUUGCAAAUUCUGGGAACUCGACCGGGAUCACGAUCUCUUCAUCGACAAGACAGACCUGACCAAACACAACGAUCACGCUCUGUCGAAACGCAUGAUCGCGAGAAUAUUCAGCGGCGCAGUAACCAGAGGCGGGGUGAAAACCGGGAACGGCGUUCAACAACCCCAAGACAAGAUGAGCUACACGGAAUUCGUCUGGUUCCUGUUGAGCGAGGAGGAUAAAAAUCAUCCAACCGCUAUCGAAUAUUGGUUCAGGUGCAUGGAUCUCGACGGGGACGGAUAUUUGUCGAUGUACGAGUUGGAAUAUUUCUACGAGGAACAGUUACAUCGUAUGGAGGCGAUCGGACUGGAGACGUUACCCUUCGAAGAUUGUCUCUGCCAGAUGUUGGACAUGAUAAAACCGACGACACCGGGGAAGAUUUCUCUGAGCGAUUUGAAGAAGUGCAAAAUGACGUCGAUCUUCUUCGACACCUUCUUCAAUCUCGAGAAGUACCUGGAUCACGAGCAGAGGGAUCCGUUCGCGUCUGCUAGGGAACACGAUCCCGAUGGUCACGAGCUGUCGGAUUGGGAUCGAUUCGCGGCAGAGGAAUACGAAUUGUUGGUCACCGAGGAGAGUGGUAACGAACAGAACGAACAAAUGUCGAAUGAUCCGGCAGCGAGACAGUCCUUCGUGUUUUCCGAGAACCUGGAAAAUCUCGAUGGAGAAUCUGUGGACAUGCUUCGCUGCACAGACCAGUCUCAAGGAUUCUCCGACGAUCUGCCUGCGAUCGGACAAUCGGAUUCCGUUCGUCAACAGUCGAGGAACCAAUAUUAUGACAGUAGCGAUAGCGACGAUUACGCUGAGAGUGAUAAUUGAAACGUAAAACGGAAAACCUCAUCUCCGGGGACAGUUUAGUAGUCUGAAAGCGUAGUUUUUCAUAUAUAGUAAGACUGUCGUGUAACCGCUUGGCGAACAGUACGUCGUGGCAAACCGAUUCUCGUUGGAUUUUAUGAAUCUCGGUUUACGUAUCCGUUCGGUGACCGUGCUUCAAUCUUAUCAGCAAAGUACAAACACGUUCAGGAAACUCGUUCGACUCUCUACUCGAGUAGAAGGAUAAUUAGAGCAAUAUCGUUGAAACGGAAUGGUUUUGGGGUCCGUUAGAGGAGAAGCUUCGGUAUCAUCGAGUCGAUACGUAAAUUAUGAACGAGUCGGGAGAAAGCGUCGGGCCAUGGUACGUUGUGUGAUACGCAAGCGUCAUUGUUCAAUCUCUCUAUCGAUAUACAUACUGUGUAUUUGACACGUUGUAAAUAGACAGCAAAUCACGGACCCUUAUUUUUACUUAAAGCGAGAGAGAAAGUUCACUUGAAAAAAACAAAUAGGAAAUGCGGGUCUUUCGAUUGGUGCAGCCGUUUAUAAGAGGAAACCGAAGCGUAGCUAUAAGAAUUUUCAGGAGAAAUUCAAUCGGUCGGUUCUCAGGCCAUUCAUCCUAACGAAUAGCUUUUUUCUAGCCAGAAGGGAAAAUUAUUUUUUAGGCAAUGGUGAAAAUGGAAUUCCACGAACCCUACAGUGCACGUUAGUAUUCUCACAGUUCGAGGCUGCAACAAGUGGAAAGUGCUCGUUGGAAGAGUCGUCGUCGUCGUGGAAUUCAUAAACGAAGGGGUGCUGUCGCCCCUCUGUAAUCGUCUUGCGAGCUAUAAUGUUGCACCGUACGAAAAGCGAUGUACGACACGCAAGAGAAACGUUGUUCGAGGGGAUCGAGUGGAAUCGUGACAGGGAGCUGGUUCGCGACCCAGUACGGUACUCGUGAAGCGAGUACGCUUUUUUUCUCAGUCGUUAUAUUCUACGAUUGUACAAUUGCCGUUUCUUUUCCACGAGUUCGCGGAUAUACUUGCUUGCGGAAAUGGUGAAAACAAGCCAAAGAUCGAGAGGUGUUCCGUUACCUUCGGCGCGGAGGUAAAAGAAUGGGAGAGACAAAGGGAAACAGUGAACACAGACUCUACUGUGCGCGAUGAAACAUCGUGGCUUGAAAGAAUCGUUGGAAUCAUGUACUCUCUUAUUGUUGAACGUCCAAUGGACGUAGCUUCUUUUUGUAAAUUUAGUUGAAAGUUGCUUUAUAGCGUACUUCUCUAAACGAUGCAUUCUGAACAUCUAAUUUCGUUCUCUUCUCUGUCCUUUAUUAAUUAUUUUAAUCAAGCGAUAGAGAUUCUAUGUACUUUUAAUUGUUUGUUAAGUAAUCGUUAUGGCUUAAAGAAUGCUGGAAGAUUCUAUUUUUAGAUUCUUUUUAUUCGGUGAAACACCGUGGACGACGUAUUAUACAAUGCGUUUAGAAACAAGCGUUGAAAAGUGUAUGAUGAGAUUUUGUUGGACGUGUUUACUGCCGUAGCUAAGAGCUCUUAAAAACGCGGCUCGACUUAAUCCUGAUUUGCGUUAUUGGAGACAACACGAAAAAUAUCAAGUUGUACCCUGUUAUUUUCUCACGUCUCUUUCGAGCAUGUUUUCAAUUGUUACUGUUAAAUCUGAUUGCUCGUUAGAUUUUAUUUCCGCGCGUAUUCUAUUGCAUCGUUGUUCUAUUAAAUGGUAAUUACGUACGAACCGUAAUAUCAUUGAUUUCUAAUUGCGUUCGAGUAUCAGGGUACAAUCAGGGAUUCGCUUGAACUGCCAAGACUGUUGGAAUGUAUAUAUUUAAUUUCGUCUCCGAGAUUUAAUUUUAACUACGUAUACAUAUACAUAUAAUAAUACUCUAGUCGAAAUGUGUGCUAUAAUUCACAUAAACGAAGACCAUGCGAGGUGGCUAUCUAAUUUUAGGUACUUUCGGGUUGGAGCUGAAUUGUUAGCAAUUUGAACGGUAUAGGUGGAAAAUUCAUUGUCGUAAAGGAUACCUAUCCUGUCUAUAUUUAACCUCCGAGUCUAACGGAUCGUUUCGAAAACCACUUGUCUCGAAUCCUUGAGCUUUCGAGAAUGUUUCGUAACAUAGAGGAUAAGCGAAGACAUAUCGAAGACCGCAGAACCAUAAAACUUCAUACCCAUAUAAAAAUAUUACGUUAAAAAUGACACGGUGCUUUAUACCCAUGAGACAUUAUUAUUGUUCUUGUUGCUGUUGCUCGUGCGUAUGCACGGUGUUUCGUCCGUUUUUGAAAUCGUUUCUCGAAAAUUUCGCGUUAUCAUGACCUUCCUUUACGCCGACGAAUUUUCACGAUUGUCAGAUGAAGAGGGAACGAUACGAACACUCAUUUUCCGAAGGAAGUCCUCUUGUGCAAAAUCGAGUUCGUGAAUUUCGUCGUAUUCUUUAAAUAUAUCUACCCGACCUUUUAUUUGGCGAAUUUGGGCUAUCGUUCGAUAUUUUAUAGACGACGGGGGAGACGAAUCGUUCGAAGAAGAGAAAAAAUGAACAAACGAUCACACGAAUCCCUAAAUAAGGAGUUUACACACGUUUACCAUUUUAUAAUCUUCAUUUCUCUACUGUGUUUUCGCGCUCAGAGAAUAGACUUGUUUUCGCGAUUCAUCGAUUACGUUCACUGUCCAAAGAUGUAACUAUUAACACUUAAACAAUUGUAUCUUUUAUAUAGCUCGUUAUGAUUUUUUUUACCAUACGUAAUAUGUAUAUAUAUGUGCAUAUCUCUUGGUAGAAUUUUAUGAAAGAUGGACGAGAAAGCAGAUCUGGUUAUAUUAUAUUAUAUUAUAUUAUAUUAUAUUAUAUUAUAUUAUAUUAUAUUAUUCGUCACUGCAUUUGGCCAUGUUUUCGAUUGUUAUAUUUAUUCAUUAUUCUAUGAUAGGUUUAUCACUGUUCCAGCGAUCUGUUAACGGGGUUUGUUGAAUCGAGGCAUCGUCACUCAAACGAUAUCUUUCGUCUGAUUUUUUUCGGAGGAAGAGACGAAGGAGAACGACCGUUCCUCGCGGUUGAAUCGAAGUCUUGAUUUAAUCACGAGCGCGUGCUUAAACACAACUCGAUUUAUAGACUCACGUUCACCAUUUAUCUACAUUUUUAUUUAUAUAUUUUAUCUGUGCAUGAGUAGACAACUAAGGUAAUUUUGCAAGUUAAUAAAAAUGAAUGGUAAAAGAAUUA